AUAAUUGUCAGUACAUUUAGGAUUGCAGCUUCUACUGAACUACACUGGAGCAGCUUCUAAGCAAACAUACGUAGGAUUGUACUGCCUGCACUGUGAGUUUGCGAGGGCCUGGAACAGAGUGUGCAUUCUGAGGGGAGGGGGCUUGGAAGAUGUGGCUGGGAGGGAGACAGAGUAAGGGGGACUCACAGAUAAUCAAGCAUGCCAGUGGUUUGGGUGGGGGGAGAAGAGGACAUGGCUGGAGGGGGGUGGGUCAGAUGGAGACUUACAGAUUCAUGCGUUAUGUUGCUUGCCACCUUCCCACCUGUGGUAUCAUUGGAAGCUGUGCCCAAUGGACUGCUGUUGUUGUUACCGAAUGCUAGGCUGGUUCAUUAUAAGACCAUGCUGAUCCAUUAUCUUAUUGUGAAUAAACAGGCUGAUCUAGUCUGUAUAAUUGAGAUGGGUGGGGAAUGUCCCUAACCUGACAUGGUUGUGCCCACCUGACCAGAGGGUUGGGGAGUGGGAGGCAUUUGCCACGGUUCAUAGAUGUUAAUGUCCUUUACUAGGAAACCUCUCUGCAUAGGAGCUGCACUGCAUCUGGUGUGGGGUCAUUGUCAAGGCAGGAGUCGGGAGCAGGUUAGCAAUAACUCAAAGAGCAUAUGUGAAGUUAACUGGUGAGCACAGCAACUGUUCCCAGCAGGUCUUGCCCCAAUGAGGCAGAUGCAAGGAGAGAAGGUCCCCUCUUUCCCUCUGCUCUCUAAGACUCCUUCUCCUUCAGGUCCUUCCCAAGCAAUCUAAGGCUCCUUCGACUUGUCUUUCUUUGUCCAGGGAGGAGGGGAGCUGGUCACAGCAAGAGGGGGGCACUCACUGGCUUCUUCAGCAGCCACCGCCAAUCUACCUCUUGGCCUACCUCCUCUUCAGCUUCCACUCUAAUUCUGACUCUGGAUGGCUCUCUGCCACAGCCUCUUCCUGCUCACCAAACCCUGUUACCUCUUCAGCUUUCAGCACCUCCUCCUCCUGGUCUGCUCCCUCUUCUCCCUCUGACCACUCAUUAUUGUCCCAUCACCAAUUCCUUGGUCUGAGCCUUCUUCCCUUGGGGGUUCCCCAGCUGGUGCCUCCCACUACUCGUCUGCAUUCAGCCAGUCCAUGAAUACUCUUACCUACCUUUCUGCUCAACAGCCUCCCUUACUGAGCUGGUCUCCAGACUGCCUCCAGUGUGGUUUUGGAAGAACCACCCAGGUCUCUUGUCCUGGGUGACUUCAGUGUGUGUGCUGUGAAUGCCACGAGGCCAGCCCAAGAUUUCAUGGCCUCCAUGGCAGCCAUGGGACUGUCUCAUGCAAUAUGGUUAUCUGGCCAAUGCACAGAGCAGGUGUACCCUUGAUCUAGUCCUUGCUCUCAGUAGAGAGAGAGGUGGUCUGGAUAGAGUGGAGUGCCUUACCAUGUUGUUGUGGUGAGACCACUUCCAGGUGAAGUUUGGACUUUUGGUGGCAGUCUUACCUUGUAGCAGUGGGGCACCAAUUCAGAUGGUCCACCCCCAGAGACCAGUGGGACCUUGUAGGUUCCUCAGUGUUGAACAGGGAUAGUCUGGUCAUAGUGAAAACAGCCCAGAGCAGAACUAUGCAGUGCUCAACAAUACAGAAAAACACACACAUAUAUAUUUAGAAAAGUGCAAAAAUUUAAAAGUGUCACGAAUAAUUUUUGCAGUUGAAAUAGGUCAUAUAUUAAACCCAUGGGGAUUUUAGCUGCAUCUCCUUAGCAAACAUGAAAUAAACAGGAUAUAUUGUUUUACAAUUAAUCUCUUGUGUUAUUUUUGUCUGGUUAAUCCUUAUUUGCAUUGAGAUAUAUAUGGGGAUUUUACAUAGUUGGGGAAAACCUUUACGCUUUUCAGAGAUGUGUUUUAAAAAUCUGAAAUUGAUUUGCCUACCAGUUGUGGCAGUUUAAGAGGGAAAAAAACAAUUUAAUUGGGUUUUCAGAGAUUUAAAUAAUGAAAGGUCAUUUUCUCCCUUACAAUAAGGACAUUUACCUAAAAUUUAGGAACUAAAGGAACAAAAUACCAUGAUAAAUGAGAAAAGCACCUUUUUAUGUUUCCAUCAUACUGUAAUUAACACAGCACAAUCUUUCCUUUCUCCUUUCGUACAUUUAAAUUUACAAGAAGGAAAUUAUGUAAAAAGAUAGAAGGAAGGGGUCUUGGCAAUUCUUUUUCUAUUUAAAAAAAAACUUUUUAUGGGAAGAGGUUGACCUUUUGGUUAAUUUGAGUACCAUAUCCUGCGAAAUGAGGAAGGAAGCUGGAUGGUAUAAAUUAGGAGCCAAUCAAGGUGAUGGGCAUUCAGAUCUGGCUUUUUGCCUCUUGCAAAUUGAGCUGAACCACAAAGGAAAUCUGUGAAGGCAUGAACUCUCUCAGAGCCUUUACUCUUCUGUCCCUGGUGCUCAACCUCGAGAAUGCACAGGGCCAUCUCUCCGAAAGCAGCUGUAAGCGUUUUGCAGACAUCCUGCCUCACAAGCUCCGAGAGUUGCGGCUCACGUUUUAUGAGAUUAGAGAUUAUUUUCAAGCCAGAGAUGAUGAGCUAGAGAUCAUGUUGUUAAAAGAGGAUCUACUGGAAGAUUUCAAGGGGUACUUGGGCUGUCAGUCAGUGGCAGAAAUGAUACAGUUUUAUCUGGAAGUUGUUUUGCCCAACGUAACCACUGGCAGCGCCAUUCAGCGGACUGUAGACUUUCUUGGAGAGAGGCUGCUGGAUCUGAGACAGACAAUCAAGCGCUGUCAUAGGUUCUUCAUCUGUGAAAAGGAGAGCAAAACAAUAAGAAACAUCAAAGAAACCUAUGAAAAGCUGCAAGGCAAAGGCAUCUAUAAAGCAAUGGGAGAGUUUGACAUUUUCAUUAACUACAUUGAAGAAUACCUGGCAAUGAAGAUGAAAAAAUGAAACUUUUCCUCCCACUCAGGACAACUAACUUCUGUAACUGUAACUGGAAUAUAUUUUGCAAAGGUGUUACAAGAAAUCAGUAUUACACAAUACUAUAUAUUUUUAACUUAAACUUAUUUAUUAACACAGAUACCUCAGCUUUUGUCAGUGUUAUACAUUUUUAUAAAGGAAAAGCUAUAACGUAAUUUAUUGACCUGUUUUUGCUUCUCCUUCUCCUUUUUACAUAGCGUGUUUUUGUCCUUUUAGUUUUCUCUUAGCUUAGGAAUGCUCCAAAUUGUAGCAUUCAAGGAAAUGCUUUUUAGGAAGUGAGAAAUUGUGAGAAGUAGACUCUAAAUCUUUAUUAUGUUUGAGUCAGCAUUUUGGAUUUAAAUGUGAGCACCAUGAUCUAAAGACUUCAAACAGGUUGUUAAUUUCAGGAAGGGGACUGUCUGCUGUACAAUAUUAAGUACAUCUGAGCAUGUCAGUUUCCAUUUCAGGUCUGAUGUUAACAACUGAUAGUUUGAAAGUACAGCCACCAGGCUGUUAGCUGAAACCCGUCAUUGGGAACACAUCCCACCAGGGCUUAAAGACCCUCACCAGCUCUUGGUCCACAUCCAAGCACAAUUCAAAGUGUUGGUGCUUACCUUUAACUCAAGGAUAGCUAACCUGUAGCUUUCCAGAUGUUUUAGACCUACAGCAUGCACAGUAGUCAGAGACAAUGGGAUUUGGAAGCAUUCGGAAGGGUACAGGUUGGCAGCCCCUAUUUGCCCAUGCACUGGGACCUAAAUUUGGAGUAUCUCUUCAAGGUGCCCCAACAUUUGAGGCAAGAUGGGUAACAACUGUAAAGAAAGGUUUCUUGGUUGAGGGCACCCAAGUUACAGAGUUCUCAGCUCAGGGAGUCUAAUUCAUUGCCUAUACUGGUUUUUUUAUACUUCCAGAGAUUGGGUGAUUUAUUUUUUUUAUCUCAGGUUUUUUCAUCACUGAUAUAUUUCCCCCCCUGCUGAAUUGCUUUUAAUGCUGCCUUUGUUUUGUUUUUAAUAAUUCAUUGUUUUUAUUGGACUUUUCACAGUAUUUUGAUGGCAAUGCCCUUUAGAAUGUGAUAUUUUUUUUUAAAGGAAGGAUAGGGUGGGGAAGUUUGUAAAUAAAUAAAUAGGUCAAACAAAGAAAACAUGCACUGAAAUAUUUUAAAAUUUAAUAUCAUUGUUGUUUGCUUGUGCAAAAAUAAUACCUGUCUCUGCGAGCACUAGUACUCCUUCUUUGGCCCAAGGAGUCUCCUUCUUUGGAGGUCUUUAAGCAGAGGCUUGACAACCAUAUGUCAGGAGUGCUCUGAUGGUGUUUCCUGCUUGGCAGGGGGUUGGACUCGAUGGCCCUUGUGGUCUCUUCCAACUCUAUGAUUCUAUGAUUCUAUGAUUCUAUUCUAUGACUUCUGGUACAUUUUAUUGCCUGUGAUAGCAAUGCAUCAAAUCACAAUAUGCUCAUGCAUUUCUGUGGAUCUGGGUUACAGUUGCCUUGACAAAUGUGAGACUGUUACUGCCAUUGAUUUUGCAUUUGUUUUUUUUAAACAGGAACUAAAUGUUUUUCUUCUGCAUCAGAAUGAUUUUUAACCUCAAAGCAGAUGAUUAAGCAUGUUUGCUUUUUGUUAUGUAAGCUUAUAAGGAAAUGUGAAAGCUCUUGUUUACGUCCAACACACUCUGAUGUCAUUAGGCACCCC